CCUUCCCGCGUCCUCUCUCCCUCCCUGCGUAGCGGAAACAUGGCGGCGGGAAGGGAGUGAGCCGCCCCGUGCCCCCGCCGCGCCCGCAGGAUUUGACUGUUUGCCAAGCAUCUAUAUAUAUGCUGCAUAUGGCCUAUGAUUUCUUCAUCAUGCUGAGGAAGAACAGUUUCCUAUUUCGUAUAGCAGAUGGUACCAUGCAAAAAUCAGCUCCUUGAAAAGAUGGAGAAAUUAGCAUACAAAGAAACUGACUUCUCAGAGGUCAGGGCAAGGUAUUGGUGGAUCCAGGGAUAAAUCCCAAACCUCUUAACUUCUUGACCAGUUUUUAGACCAUUGACUAUGCAGCCUAGUGUGAUAGACUGGAAUGAUGUUAGAAAACAUAAAUAUGGUCACCUGUCAGAGUCGGCAUCCCAAUAUCAAGAAGCUGCUGACAUCCUGGAGCUAGGUCAUUUUACCUGGGACAAAUACCUAAAAGAAACAUGUUCAGUCCCAGCGCCUGUCCAUUGCUUCAAGCAGUCCUACACACCUCCAAGCAACGAGUUCAAGAUCAGCAUGAAAUUGGAAGCACAGGACCCCAGGAACACCACAUCCACCUGUAUUGCCACAGUAGUUGGACUGACAGGUGCCCGCCUUCGCCUGCGCCUUGAUGGCAGUGACAACAAGAAUGACUUCUGGCGGCUAGUUGACUCAGCUGAAAUCCAGCCUAUUGGGAACUGUGAAAAGAAUGGGGGUAUGCUGCAGCCCCCACUGGGAUUUCGGCUGAAUGCCUCUUCUUGGCCCAUGUUCCUUUUGAAGACGCUAAAUGGAGCAGAGAUGGCUCCCAUCAGGAUUUUCCACAAGGAGCCACCAUCGCCUUCCCACAACUUCUUCAAAAUGGGAAUGAAGCUAGAAGCUGUGGACAGGAAGAACCCUCAUUUCAUUUGCCCUGCCACUAUUGGGGAGGUUCGGGGCUCAGAGGUGCUUGUCACUUUUGAUGGGUGGCGAGGGGCCUUUGACUACUGGUGCCGCUUCGACUCCCGGGACAUCUUCCCUGUGGGCUGGUGUUCCUUGACUGGAGACAACCUGCAGCCUCCUGGCACCAAAGUUGUUAUUCCAAAGAAUCCCUAUCCUGCAUCUGAUGUGAACACCGAGAAGCCCAGCAUCCACAGCAGCACCAAAUCUGUCUUGGAACAUCAACCAGCGCAGAGGGGACGUAAACCAGCAAAGAAGCGGGGCCGGACACCCAAGACCCUAAUUCCCCAUCCCAUCUCUGCCCCACCCAAGUCAGCUGAACCUUUGAAAUUCCCAAAGAAGAGGGGUCCCAAACCUGGCAGUAAGAGGAAACCUCGGACUUCGCUGAACCCACCACCCACCUCACCAACAACCAGCACCCCUGAACCAGAUACCAGCACUGUACCCCAAGAUGCUGCCACCAUCCCCAGCUCAGCCAUGCAGGCCCCCACAGUUUGUAUCUACUUGAACAAGAAUGGCAGCACAGGCCCCCACUUAGAUAAGAAGAAGGUCCAGCAACUCCCUGACCAUUUUGGGCCAGCCCGCGCCUCUGUGGUGUUGCAACAGGCUGUCCAGGCUUGCAUCGACUGUGCUUAUCACCAGAAAACCGUCUUCAGCUUCCUCAAACAGGGCCACGGUGGUGAGGUUAUCUCAGCCGUGUUUGACCGGGAACAGCACACCCUCAACCUCCCAGCAGUCAACAGCAUCACCUACGUCCUCCGCUUCCUGGAGAAACUCUGCCACAACCUUCGUAGUGACAAUCUGUUUGGCAACCAGCCCUUUACACAGACUCACUUGUCACUCACUUCUACAGAGUACGGCCACAGGCACGACAGGUACCUACCAGGUGAAUCCUUUGUCCUGGGGAAUAGUCUAGCCCGGUCCUUGGAGCCACACUCAGACUCAAUGGACUCCACCUUGAAUCCUACCAACCUUGUCAGCACCUCCCAGAAUCUUCGAACUCCUGCGUAUCGGCCCUUGCUUCCAUCUUGUGGCCUCCCACUGAGCACUGCCUCAGCUAUGCGCAGGCUGUGUUCCAAGGGGUCGGACCGAUACCUGGAAAGCCGGGAUGCCUCUCGACUGAGUGGCCGGGACCCCUCCUCAUGGACAGUCGAGGACGUGAUGCAGUUUGUCCGGGAAGCUGAUCCUCAGCUUGGACCUCACGCUGACCUCUUUCGCAAACACGAGAUCGAUGGCAAGGCCCUGCUGCUGCUGCGCAGUGACAUGAUGAUGAAGUACAUGGGUCUGAAGCUGGGGCCCGCACUCAAGCUCUCCUACCACAUUGACCGGCUAAAGCAGGGCAAGUUUUGAACGGAGAGACGCAGCUUCAACAACUGAGUGGUCAAGCAGGUGGGGGCACUCUUCUCCCAGGAAGGAGGGCCGUCAGCCCACUCCCAGGCGCCUCAGUGGGGUUCCAGGCCACCUCAGGACUCUAGGAGGCUGUGCGGAGCCACCACUGCUACCCCCUCCUACCGCGAUACGUCCUUCCAUGAAGGACUGAGGAGGGGAGAGUGUGGGCCCAGGGCUGGCGCUGCUCUUCCCCUCAGGCCUGCCGUGGCUCUGCGGUCCCCUCUAUUUAUUUCUGAAACCUGGCCAGCCUCUCACCAGGAGUUUAGACUGAACACCUUCACAGUGUUGGAGGAAGAGGCCAACUCUAGGGCCUUGGAAGACAGGUCCCUGAAUUGACACUCACAUCCAGGCCCCCAGCCACCGCCUGGGCUUGGUGUGGCCCCCCAUCGCCCCACAGCCCCUGCCUUCUCACCAGAUCCCCAGACUCUAAACUCAUGGUGCAAACCUCUAUCUUUUUUAAAAAAAAGAUCUUUUCUUACUGUUAAUUUAUUGUUUCUGGCACUUGGGCAAACCCUCUAGUUAAUACUCCUCUCACACCAGACACUGGGUUUCAGGAGGGGGGGACUGCCCCGCCCUGGUCCCAGAGAGGCCCUCUCCAUGUAGGCGCGGCCCCUUUUCAGAGGACACUGCUCUAGGGCAUUUUCUCUUCGGGAUGGACAGACACUUAAAGCCUCAACCACAUCACUCAGUAUGGUGAGGAAUAGGUCCCUGUCACCUUCCUCUGUCUUUCCCUACUGGGACCUUUCUAGCCCCAGGCCUCAUCUGCAGGAAUGAGAGUCCCCUGCCUCUUACUGUCACCCACCACAGCUCCUUGCUCUGGCCAGAAUUGCUGCCGAAAAAGAUGGGCCCAGUGAUUUUAGGCCAAGGAGGCCCUAAGGUGGAUGGGAGGGGAGGGUCUCCACCCCCUCUGCUGUCCAUAUGCUUCCUCGUAAGCAAGUCAGCAGCACAGCUGCUCCCGCUGCCAUCUGGACUUAUUUUAUGUCAAUUUGUUUAUAAAUAAAAACCAAUAUAGA